AUGCUUGAUGUUCAGUCCUCUUUACAAGAUUCAAAAACAAUACAUGAAUUAUCAUCAGCAACAACACCACAACAACAAUUAUUUGGAAAAGGUUCCUCUUCUUCUACCAGUUUAGUCUUACCAUUGACUGGACUAAACCUUUCCAAUAACAAUACUACUAGUAAUUCUAUUAAUAUUAAUAAUAAUAAUACCAAUGGUCUGUCUUCUAAUAGUAGCAGACAAUAUGUAUCAGAUACAACAAGUGUACAAACUAAUAAUCGAUCAGAUUCGUCCAAUAGGAAUCGAAUAGGAUUAGUGGAUUACACAAUGUCAGAUUCUAAAGAUGACGAUACUCAUCUAUUGAUGCUACAACAUUCCACUAAUAAUAAUACUAAUCCUCAACAAGUUUCGUCUAUCCUUUCGAAUACAACAUCAACAGCUUAUCAGCAACAAGUCUUUCACUCUACUGCACCAACACAACUGCAUGGCAACAACACAGGACACAACAAGAUUUUAUCAUCGAAUAACGAUUCUUCCAUAAUAUUACCCAACGUUUCGUCCCAACUUUCGAAUAGCAACAUGUUUGUUUCUUGCAUAAACAAAUCAGCAAAUUCUGUCCAUUUUAAUAACAACCAGUCAAUGUCUAACAUGCAAUCUGAUACAAUGGAGGCAUCAGAAGGAAUUUUCAUGCCAAACUCGCAAAACUCUAGGAAUAGUACAACAACAGGAUUGGUUUCGAAUAACUCCACGAUGAUGCAUGUAGCAUUCUCAACUCAAAAAAACAUGCAAAAUGGUCAACCAACAUGCUCCUCAUCAUCGUCAUUGGAAAAUCAACAUCAACCACAACAUGCAUUACAACAAACGAAUGUUGGUAUAAACUCGACUAAUCCAAACUAUCAAUUCCUAAUUAAUCAAAUGCAACAAACACCAUCAUCAUCAUCAUCAUCCAUGAGAAUGCUUCCAAAUGCAACAUUGAACAUGCAAUUGAAUGCGAACAUUUCAUCAUCUCUACAAAUGGUAAACAAUCAGACGACGACGACAACAAACUUUUCAAAUUCUUCUUCCAACAUUCAAAACAUUCCAACGACAUUUAAUUCAAUGAUUGUGGAAUAUCAGACAAUGCCACUUUCUGUCAGUAAUCAAACAAAUCAAUUGACAUCCAUUGGAAUGCAUGAUGAAACCAUGUUGAAAUUGGAUUUGGAAGAUUUUGUGAAUACGUUACAUAGUGAGGAAUAUAGAGUCUAUAUGGAUAUGAAUAAUCUCGUUUCGAAUAGUUACCAUUCGAAUAGUAUUGUAGUGAAUCAUCCUUCACAACAACAUCCUUUAACGUCAUCUUCUAAUUUACCUCAACAACAAAUAUCAUCACUACAUGUAAAUCCACCUCCUAAUUUUGUCCCUUCUUCCAAUUUAUUGAAUAAUCCCAACCUUUCGAAUAUUGCAAACAACAAUUUGCAUAUUAUCUCUUCUCAACAACAGCAAUUGCAACCAAUCAACAUUAACAACAUGCAAAGAGUUGUUUCUCUAAAUCUAGCAACCAUUGUAAAAAUCAUCCCAAUAUCUUCAACAAUGAGUAGUAGUAAUCAACCAACUCUCACACCACAACUUGUUUCCAAUAUUUCCACCACAACUCAAAAGAUUAUUCCACCACCACCACCAACAAGUGUAAAUAUUGGAAACAAUGCAAAUGUUGAUACACCCAGAGAAUAUGUCAUUCACGAAAAUGAAUAUGACAGAAAAAAGACUCCAAAAUCCAAAAAGAGGCAAUCAAUUGACUAUUGCAAUCAAAAGAAGAUGGAAUUUAAGAUGGAAAUUUCAACAAAGCAUCCUCAACCGAAUCCUGUGCAAGUAGUUGUUACCUCGUCAUCUUCAGUAAGCACACCACAAAGUAAUACAACACCAACAACAAAUUCUUCAAGUAUAAUGAUGGGUCAAUAUGUCAACAACAACAAUAAUUCAUUUUACAAUGAACCACAAAUGGAUGAGAAUCCUGAAGAAAAUAAAUGA